AGUUUCGCGGCCGGGCCCCCCGUCUGGACCUCCAGCCGUGGGGAGAAGGCAGCUGGGGGCGGGGCUCCCGGGGCGAGUCUUGCAGUGAGGCUGUGCAGCCGCGGUGGAGCGGUGCAGUUGCGCUGCUCUCCUCGGGCUCGGAGGGGCGUGCAGAUGCUGUCUUGUUCACGCAGUUUGUUUGGAAGAUUAUUGAAGGGGAAGCUUGGAAAAAGAGCUGGUCAUCUGUUAAUUACUUACUCCUCAUUUCCACUUUUAUCCUCAGAAGAACAGACAAGUUAGAUAAGUGGUAGCCUAAGAGAAGAUGGGAAAGGGCUGUAAAGUUGUGGUUUGUGGCUUGUUAUCUGUGGGAAAAACAGCAAUUUUGGAGCAGCUCCUUUAUGGGAAUCAUACUGUUGGAAUGGAAGAUUGUGAAACAAUGGAAGAUGUGUAUAUGGCCUCAGUGGAAACGGAUCGCGGAGUAAAGGAGCAGUUACAUCUUUAUGACACCAGAGGCCUACAGGAGGGUGUGGAGCUGCCAAAGCAUUAUUUUUCAUUUGCUGAUGGCUUUGUUCUUGUGUACAGCGUGAAUAACCUUGAAUCCUUUCAAAGAGUAGAGCUUCUGAAGAAAGAAAUUGAUAAGUUCAAAGACAAAAAAGAGGUGGCAAUUGUCGUAUUAGGAAACAAAAUUGAUCUUUCUGAGCAGAGACAGGUGGACGCAGAAGUGGCACAACAGUGGGCCAGGAGCGAGAAGGUGCGGCUGUGGGAGGUGACAGUCACGGACCGGAAAACUCUGAUCGAGCCGUUCACUCUGUUAGCCAGCAAACUCUCCCAGCCCCAGAGCAAAUCAAGCUUCCCUCUGCCUGGGAGGAAGAACAAAGGGAAUUCUAGCUCUGAGAACUAAAAAGUGGAAUGCCACAAUCAUUUGCUGAAUAGUGACUGCCUUUAGGUAUCUGUGAACAGACAUAUUUAAAACAGGACAUGUCUACCUUUGGUCUUUAGGAAAUCCCUAGGGAAUUAAUUUAAUGCACUUUUAGUUAUAAUUAAGUUAUAUGAGCUAAUUAAGUUAUUAUUGCCUGAUAUGAAAUACUAGCUUUCUCAUUGUUUGAAACUUGUCCCUGAAACCAGCACCUUUGUUACAUUUAUGUUGAACUUGUCAAAAGAAUAAAGUUUGAGUGGUAUGCUACUUAUAGUAGCAUAAAUAAAAGUAGAGUGGUAUGCUAAAA